UUCUUGAUCUUUCCAAUCCAAGAGGAGAUCAUUAUAUCCUCUGGGAAAUAUUAUAUCCUGUUAGCAUCAUAGAGUUGUUCAUGAAAUAUUCUAAUGUGAAUAGUAUGUCUUAUGUUUUUUCACCCAAGGGUCAGUAUUUUCUUUGCAAUAUGCAGACCAAGUUCCCUUAGUUAUAAUGAGUAAAGGCCAGAUAUAGUCCCAGAAAAUAUCAUGUGUCAUGAAAGCUUCGAGACACAAAUGUUCCUGAUCUUUUCUCUCUAUUUUCUUCUGUGUCCCAUUCCCCACAACCAAGAGAACUUGGCCUCUGUCUGCUUGGUCUCUCCUUUCAUUGACAUCUAACAACAUUCCAACAUUGCCAACUGCUCUGUAAUAUAAAACCUAACGUCAGGUGGAGAGAAUUUGGGCUCCGGGAGUAGAAAAAGGAUGGAGUUUGUUGCUGUUGUUGUUGUUGUUGUUUAAUUUGCUGGCUCUCCUUGUUCAGAAUCUGAGUAAUGGGUGAUACGGGGAAAAUGGAAAGAAAAGGUGGCAGUAAUGAAAGUCUCUCUGAUUAAAAAGCUGGAGAACUAGAGUGAGGGAGAGAGUCAGGAAACUGAGUUCCCCAAGGAGUUGGUGUAGUUUGUCUUAGGAAGUAAGGGCAGAUUCUCCAGUGGCUUUGGGAUAUGAGAUGAUGGGGGAGGAAAGAAAAAGGAUUUUUGAAUAAGCAUUGCCGAGGGUGAGAGGAUUCUUUGUUGUGGUCUUUGAGACUGGCAUUUGACUGAAUGAGUUUUGUUGCUGGACAGCGCUUGUGUCAAUGUGACUGGGCUAUGAGAGAAUGAGGGUUUGUUAGGGUUACCUGGUUUACUCACAGUCCUGAUGCAGUAUGUGUUGUCUAACCCUGUUACACAAAAUAUACCUUCAACUUUCCCUUGACGUCUAGUGCACAGGACAAUUGGUCAUUUACAAGUACGGUUCUCCCCUGAUUCCCCGCGGGCUGCUGUUUUGCUCACUUCUGCUGCUCUCUGUGUAUAGUGGGGAGCUAACGGGAUGCUGUUCUUAUAAGAGACCUGAGAAGAAAUGUUGGAAUGUUGGUCAGAAAAACCCAUCAAACGCCUCUCUAGAUCAAAGAGGAUCCAGCUGCCUUGGUGAGAAAUAAGAGACAACUAGAGAAAGAAAGGGUUUCAGUUCUGUAGUAGCUGGAAUAAAAUGGAGUAUGUAUUAUAAUUAAAAAAACUAAUUGAACAGUUCAUUAGGUUUAUCAUUUAGCCACAUGAACCAAGAAGCUGGUUUUACUGAAUUUAUUUGAUGUGGCUAUUUAGUAGGCAUUUAUUGCAGACAAGGGUGAAGUUUCAAAAACCUUUAAUUUCUCACUGAACUCUUGGCCAGUAUUUUUAUACCAAUCUAGAGGAGAUUUUUUUUCCUACUUCUCAAUAAAACAACAGGUAUUUUCAUACUGAAAAACUUCCUUAAUUCGGAAAGCCCUGCUAUAGGUGAAGUCUAAGCCUCUGGCCUUGGUGUCCUGGGCACUUCCUGGUCCCUCCCCAGCUGGGGCUUCUUCCCCUUCCUCUCUUUGCUUUUCCUCAUCACCCCACAGUCUUGGAUUCUGUAAAUGACUCAUUCCAGAAAUAGUUUGAAAUACUUUUAAAGCCUGAUUUUCUCUUGUUUAACUGAGAUAAAGUAAAAGUGACUUAGACAAGUUGAGUUUUUUUUUUUUUUUUUUUCCUGUUUCAUGGUACUGUCCAAAGACAACCACCACGGGGCUGAUAAGGCAGUGCCCUGUCCGAGGAUCUUGGGCUGUUUGUGUCCUAUUGUUCUAUUUUCCUGAAUCUCCAGCCAUCUUCAAAAUUGGCUGGUCCAGUCCUCAUCAGCUGGUCUACACUGACGCCAGUGAGAAGGGGGAAAGCGUGCUCUAGUCUCACUGAAGGACACGACGGGGAGGUUGGCACGUGCCAUUUGUUUCAUAACCGGAAUAUAGUCACACAUCAUCUAUGUUAUUCUAACCUUGAUUUUUUUUAAAAACUAAUUUAAUAACCAUCUUAUUCUAACCUUUUUUUAUUUUAAAUUCUUUAUUUCUAUUCAGCCAUCCAUGUUGUGAAACCUGGGAUAUUUAUGUUAGACCAACAACCAUAUUUCUAUUAUAGUUAAAAUAAUAGAUAAUGAGGGUAUGACUAAGUAUUUUUUGUACCCUCUAUGUCAUUCACUGUGUUAAGUGCUAAGGGUAUACACAAGAAUAAGGACUGAAUCUGGUGGGAAGAACUAAGUUUAGUUUGAAGACUUUGAGUAUAGCCCCAUUGUCUGGAUAUACCAUAAAUAUUUAAUCCAUAUACAUUUUUCUUGUAUAUUCUAUCUGAACCUACUAUGUGUAAUCAUCCAUGCAUUUGCAUUUAAUGCCCUAUUGCCUGAGACUCUUUCUUUCCCUGUUUUCCACUGGAUGUGAUUCUGCCAUCCUGCAGAGGCUAGCUCAGAUGUUUCUGCCUUUGCAGACUUCAACAUUUCUUCCAGGUUAUGUAGGAACUGUUUCUUUCAUGUUCCAUUGCUCCCAAACACUGUUCCCCUUACACUGUUGUUUUAUAAGAGCCUUGAGGCAUAGGUGGACUGGCUUUUUUUCUUUGCUAUCCCCACACCUCAGCACAGUGCUGAGCAAAUAGAAGGUGCUCAAUAAAGAUUUGCUGAAUCCAAUUAGUUAGUGCUCAGCAUUUUUUCAUGGAUCUUUGAAUGACAAGGUGGGUGGAAUCUCCAAUGAACUUGGGAAUCUCUCUCCUAUUAUGUUUAAAAAUAUCAUGGUUAAUGGAAAGUUAAGUGAAUUCCAAAUCAAAUUCAGAAUCAAGAGAUACAUUGUUUCCUUAGUGUUUUCAUCUAAUUCUAACCUUGUUUUUUUAAAUUUUUUAUUUCUAUUCAGUUAUUCUCUUAAAUGUGUGAAGGGGCUUAAAAAAACUUGAAUUUUUAUCAUAUGUGUUCUUUUAUUACUAUAUUUCUCACUGAAGUUUCUUUUAAAAAAUCAAACUAAAAUCCUGUCUACUAGAAAUAUACAGUGUAUGGUCCAGAAAACAUUGAGUUUUCCCCAGGACUUAAUUCAAAAGCCAAUAUGCAGUAUAAUUCAGAAAUUUUAUUUUAUCUUUCUUUGCUUUAGGUUUCUGACUUAAUUAUAAAAGUACUCCUAUUUUCUCUCAGUAAUCUAUUAUUUCCCUUUUGGGUCUUAAAAAACAUGGAGGAUUGAUUAGUAUGUGAUAAAGUUAUAGAAUUUUCAGACUGUAAAUUAUGUAAAUUACAGACUAUUAGUUAUACUAUUGAUCAUAUUACUGAUAGACAAAACAACCAUUUGGGGCCUCCAUUAAUUACUUUAUUGGUCAAAUAAAGAGAACUGAAUUAAGGCAGAAUAUUCUUUUUCUGGCUCUAAUAGUCUCUAAGAGUAAUAAUAACAAUAAUAAUACAGAGUUGUUACUUUAAACUGUAGGUUUUUAAGAAAAUGCUGGCAAAAUAUGGAGAAUUAGCAGAAUCUCACUAUUCUAUGAACCUAAAGAGCAAAAUGGUGGUUUAUCUUGAUCUAUGGCAUGAGAUAAUUAAUUUGCCUUCUUAUGUGACAACAGUAUAUGAAGUGACUUGGGUGUGGGUGCAAAUUUGGAUCAAUAUCUGUGGCACACUAAAAGGUUAUAUGAAUCAUUGCUUAUUAUAAUGGUUGAUAUCAUCAAAUUAAUAGUUGAAUCCCCAGUGCUUUAAUGAUUCAUCUUUUUAGGUGUGACAUGUAUAUGGUCCUUUAAGAAGAAUUUUAAGAUCAGCUCCAACUCUGAGAGCUGCCUUUAAGGAAUGAUAUAAACAAGAGUUUAUAAGUAGUUAUUGACUUGUAAGCUCUCUGGUCCGGAAGGUAGCCUUAUUUGGUUUAUUGUGUCUAAAUCACAGUAUGUAAUUAAUUAAUUAGAUCUGACUCUGAUCAAAUUUGCUUACCAGAGUUAUGUUUGUUUAACAGGCUUCAGUAUAAAAAAAAAAAAGAAGAAGAAGAAGAGUAUUUGGCAGUGAGCACAGAAAAUCUGCAGGCGGGGUGCUAGAGGGAGAAAGGUCCUGAGCCCACUCCAUCAAUCCUCCUUGUAAUUCAUGUGAAAUACAUACUGCAGGAAAAAGCAUCUGACAAAAUUGGAGGGUGGUUCUGUAGUCCUAGGAAUCCACAGUGAAUUAAAGUCUAGACUCGGUAAUUUUUCAGGUAAGGGAGGAGGGAGAACUAGCAAAUCAGAUAUGCCCAAAAUGUUACAGAGGUAACACGGAAUCAAGGAUGCUGUUGCCAGUUUGUGCAUUGUGAGAAGGCAAUAACAGCCGAGCAGCAGCAGGAGCAGCGCGUUCUCAGAGGCAGUCACAUCAACAGCAGCAGGGGUAGGCCGCCUCCUUUCAGUGUACUGCAGGGUCAUGAAAUGCAAGACUCUCUGAUGUUUGAAAAUCUCCCGAGUUGAGCAUGGCUACUGUAAGAACGUUGCUAAGAAACUCUGCUGAUUUGGACAGUCAUGAGUAUGUGUUAGCAAUAGUUACUUUAGGAAAAGAGAUACUACUUUUUGUAAAUCAAUAGGCAACCUCCCCCCUGAAGAAGAAGAUCUCAAAUUACCUUGUUGGGGUGGUGGUGGGAGAUAAAAAAAAAAAACAGGGGGAACAAAGUUUUGGCAUGCCUGUAGGAAUGGUGGUUUCUGUAGAAACUACCUAACAGGCAGAAGCUAAGUGUUGAUCAGCCCAUGCCUCUUACCUGGGAGUGGAAGGUGGGAAGAAAUGGACAGCGGCUGUGACGAGGAGACAAGACACGGUGCAGCUUGGUGAAGCCACACGCUGACUGCGUUCUGCCCCCUCUUCAUGCAGUGCUGCGGGCUGGUACAUCGCCGGCGAGUACGGGUGUCCUAUGGUUCGGCAGACUCCUACACCAGCCGUCCAUCCGAUUCAGAUGUGUCUCUGGAGGAGGACCGGGAGGCAGUGCGCAGAGAAGCUGAACGACAGGCCCAGGCACAGUUGGAAAAAGCAAAGACAAAACCCGUUGCAUUUGCAGUUCGGACAAACGUCAGCUAUAGUGCAGCCCAUGAAGAUGAUGUUCCAGUGCCAGGCAUGGCCAUUUCGUUUGAAGCAAAAGAUUUUCUGCAUGUUAAGGAGAAAUUUAAUAAUGACUGGUGGAUAGGGCGACUGGUUAAAGAAGGCUGUGAAAUCGGAUUCAUUCCAAGCCCAGUUAAACUAGAAAACAUGAGGCUACAGCAUGAGCAGAGAGCCAAGCAAGGGAAAUUCUACUCCAGUAAAUCAGGAGGAAAUUCUUCAUCCAGUUUGGGUGACAUUGUUCCUAGUUCCAGAAAAUCUACACCUCCAUCAUCUGCUAUAGACAUAGAUGCUACUGGCUUAGAUGCAGAAGAAAAUGAUAUUCCAGCAAACCACCGCUCCCCUAAGCCCAGUGCAAACAGUGUAACGUCACCCCACUCCAAAGAGAAAAGAAUGCCCUUCUUUAAGAAGACAGAGCACACUCCUCCUUAUGAUGUUGUACCUUCCAUGCGGCCAGUGGUCCUAGUAGGCCCCUCUCUGAAGGGUUAUGAGGUCACAGAUAUGAUGCAAAAAGCAUUGUUUGAUUUUUUAAAACACAGAUUUGAAGGGAGGAUAUCUAUCACAAGGGUCACUGCUGACAUCUCCCUUGCCAAACGCUCAGUAUUAAACAAUCCCAGUAAGCAUGCAAUAAUAGAAAGAUCCAACACAAGAUCAAGCUUAGCGGAAGUUCAGAGUGAAAUCGAAAGGAUCUUUGAACUUGCAAGAACACUGCAACUGGUAGUUCUUGAUGCGGAUACUAUUAAUCAUCCAGCUCAACUCAGUAAAACAUCUUUGGCCCCUAUCAUAGUGUAUGUAAAGAUUUCGUCUCCUAAGGUUUUACAAAGGUUAAUAAAAUCUCGAGGGAAAUCCCAAGCUAAACACCUCAAUGUCCAGAUGGUAGCAGCAGAUAAACUGGCUCAGUGCCCUCCAGAGUUGUUUGAUGUGAUCCUGGAUGAGAACCAGCUUGAAGAUGCUUGUGAGCACCUUGCAGACUAUCUGGAGGCCUACUGGAAGGCCACUCAUCCUCCCAGCAGCAACCUCCCCAACCCUCUCCUUAGCCGUACCUUAGCCACUUCAACUCUGAGCCCCACCCUAGCCUCUAACUCACAGGGUUCUCAAGGUGAUCAGAGGACUGAUCGCUCAGCUCCUGCCCAUUCUGCUUCCCAAGCUGAAGAAGAACCUUGUUUGGAACCAGUCAAGAAAUCCCAGCAUCGUUCUUCCUCCUCUGCCACACACCACAACCAUCGCAGUGGUACAAGUCGAGGGCUCUCCAGGCAAGAGACUUUUGACUCUGAAACCCAGGAGAGUCGAGACUCUGCCUAUGUGGAGCCAAAGGAAGAUUAUUCCCAUGAACAUGUGGACCACUAUGCCCCACAUCGUGACCAUAACCACAGAGAUGAGAUCCAUGGGAGCAGUGACCACAGACAUAGGGAGUCUCGGCACCGUUCGAGGGACACAGACCGAGAGCAGGACCACAAUGAGUGCAACAAACAACGAAGCCGUCAUAAAUCCAAGGAUCGCUACUGUGACAAGGAUGGAGAAGUAAUAUCCAAAAAGCGGAAUGAUGCUGGGGAAUGGAAUAGGGAUGUUUACAUCCGCCAAUGACUUUUGCCCUUUGUCUCCCCCUCCCUCAAGUCCCCUCAAACAAAAUCUUUGGGGUCUACAUUGCAAUCACAUGUGAUCUGUCUUGUAUAUUUUGUAUUGCUGUUGCUUAAAUAGCAAUAGCAUGAAAUAGAGUAUUAAUAUCCAUUCUUUUCUUUUGGAAGUGCUAUAUAAACUGGCCUGGUACAGCAGUUGUUCUCUGGUUGUAUACUAGACUCUUCAAAACCUGUUUGGGGUAGCUGCCACAUGAACAAAAUUUUUGCCGUCCAGACGACAUUGGUGUUUUAAGAAAUGUAGCUGAUGUACAUCCAGCAAGCCAGAUGCAGCACAGAUUAAAAAGUGGAAUUUCUUGGUUCUCCAGAUUUUUAAUACCCAGAUACCUGAUGGGCAUAUUCAUUCAUUCAUGGACCACUGUUUCUUGCUUGUACCUCUGGCUGACUAAAUUUGGGGACAGAUUCAGUCUUGCCUUAUACAAAGGGGAUCAUAAAGUUAGAUUCUAUUUUCUAUGUACUAGUACUGUGUACUGUAUAGACAGUUUGUAAAUGUUAUUUCUGCAAACACCUUAUUAUAUAUAAUAUAUAUAUAUAUCAGUUUGAUCACACUAUUUUAGAGUCUUAAUGCCAAGUCAGCAGAUUUGCUUUAUGAAUUACAGGGAUUAGAAAUGCCCACAUUCAGGAAAUUUGUAAUAAUGUUGUCUAGACACCUCUCCCCAUUCUAAAAGAAAGUCUGUAUAUAAUGUAAAUAUGUGUGAUUGCUUGACUUAAAAAGGUUUGAUUUCUGAAUGUUCUACCAUCCUUGUAAGUUUAUAAUUUUAAUCAUAAAUUAUGGUAAAUAUAACCAAACUCCAGAGAUUGUUCUACUCCAUACAGUUCACCCAGAUUGUGACAAACACAUACUUAGGAGCUAGUCAUGGCACUGGAGUAUGAGAGCCGGAACCCGCUGUGUGCAUGUGUCUGUACGUAAGAAUGUGCACGAGUGACUGAGAUGAUUGAGAUGCUGAAGACUAAUGAAGAAACUAUAGUCUGCUAUCUAGAAUUCUCACCUGGCUUUGUACUUAAUCGUGCUAUAUGUUGCUUUAAUAAUCCAUUGAGAAGUCAGGGAAGGUGAGGAAGCUUGCUGCCAAAGGUAACUAGGAAAGCAUUCAUCUGCUGGCUCCUUAUUUUUGCUCCUAGAGAGUAAAAAUACAGGCAACUUUUACUGUGAGUGUUUCACUGGAAAUAUCCAAUCUUUGUGUGUUAGAGUAUUUGUUUUAGUAAGAAAUGUUUACACAGCUUGUGGAAGUAUUUCAUAGUAAAAUAAAUUUUUAUAACUUCUCCCACUUCAUUUUCUAACCUUGCCUAUUAAUCUUGUUGUUUAUCUCCUAGUUACCUACCGUUCCUCCCACCACCAACUUGAAUAGUUUCACUGUCCGUCAGAACCCAGAAGUGCUUCUUAUAACCAAAGUUUCUGCUCUUCAGAAGUUAUCAGGGCAAAAUGGGGUGACUUGAAGUGAAUGAAAUAUUAAUAUUUUCAUACAUCUAAUCUGAAGGGGAAUCUAGAAGACACUAUCUCCAUGCCUCAAUUAUACUGCUGUAGGAGCUUCCAAUGGUAUUUUGCUAAUGCUAAAAAAUUCUGUUUCUCAAUUGUUAAGACAGUAUUAGGUGUGCAAAUACCUAGCACUUGAAGCUUGUCCCAGGAAAUGCCUAUCUAUAUUGCCUAACUUCAGAUCUGUACAUUAAUUUAUUUAACAAUAAUAAUUAUAGUAAUUUAUUUUUUGUUUUGCUUUCUUAAUUAUUCCAAGUUCUUGCCAAAUAUUCUUGGGCAUUAUUUCCCCUACACCCAAGAAUACUGGAGUUUUAAAACUGUUUUAUCAUCUAAGUGAAAAAUUUCUUUCAGAAUUAGUCUUCUGUACUGCUUAUAAAAAUUUACAGAAUAUAGUCAUUAGUUUUGACAUAACUUUACAUGAUUAAAAAAAUAUAUUCCAAUUUAAAUUUCUUUUAAAACACACACUAAGAUAUUAAUUACCAAUCCAUUCCUUUCUUACAUGUUAGUUCAUCCCAAUUAACGACUUUGGAAUUCUGAAAUUCUUGAAGUAUAACUGGCAUUUACCUUUCCUGCUGCUAUCAAUAGUGCUAAUAGAUUUCAUCUUUUUAAUUUUGUCCCCGAUUCUUAGUUUCUCACUUGACUGUGGAACACAUUAGUAUAAAUUAGAGUAUUCCUUAAAUAAAAAUAUUGAAGAAUCUGAUAGAGCAUUUAUGUGAAAACUGUAUAGUGGGCAUAUGCAUAAAUGUGUGUAGCACAUCUAUAAAUGAAGAAAUAAUCACAAGGACAAUGGGAUAUUUACUGACUUGUGGAAUGUAAAAUUAGUCUUCACACAGCAGAGGCUUAAUCUUAACCUAUACAUUUAUACAACCAUGAUUUUUGUAGUCAACCUAGAAAAUGCUGGAAAUGUUCUUUACUGGUCUUUGUCAUACCCAUUUCGAUUUUUUCCUAUGCUUUUCUCUACUGCUUAUUUAAGUUACUGUUACAAAAAGGUGCUGCUAAAUGUAGGAUGUCUUAGUCAUACUGUACUUUGGGACAAUGCCACAUUUUAACAUGGUCUGCUAUGCAUUCCUGUUAAACAAACAUGCACUGUCAGCUACAAUGAACUGUUCAACAAACCUGGUUUAAAGUCAUUCAUAUAAAACAAAUAAAGAGCUGGCUUCUGCACUGUU